GGCGGUGGUGUUGGUGGUGGCGGCCGAGACGGCGGCGGCCAUUUUGGUGAGGCCUCGGAAGCGGCGGUGGCGGUUCGCUGCGAGUAGCGUCUCCCAUUUUUCCCACCCACCGCCCGCAUCUCUGUGCCGCGAGAGGAAGCAGUGGAAGCAAGGCGGUGGCAGUAACCGCGGGCCCCAGGGGAAUUUAAAGGCCGCGAAGGCGGCGGCCAAGAGGGGGCCCUCCCCCCUCCUCGGCGGGAGGGGGGGUGGUGCGCACGCCCCCGAGGACGCAGGCGUGAUUCCCCUCAGUACGGCGGCACCGUGGAAGUACAGACUUUCACAGGGGGUGUGGUCUCAGCUCACACAGGUGCUCCAGAGGCCGGUGAACCUGAGUGGAGGCUGGGACGCCCUAGUGGGCCCCGGGCCCUGGAAGGCGGGUCCCGGUGGCCGGUGGCCCAGAAUGAGGCCAGCUCCCAGCAUGCCCUGCAGCCGGACGCCAGCCCCUCGGCCAGCAGCAGUGGUGACAACGACCCAGUCGUUCUUCAGGCAUCCAAAGAGGAGCCUGGGAGUGGGACCAUGCAGAGCAGCCCCUCCCCUGCUCACCCUCAGCUCCCAAUCUUGCAAACACAGAUGGUGUCGGACGGCAUGACAGGCAGCAAUCCUGUGUCCCCUGCCUCAUCCAGUUCCCCAGCCUCUAGUGGGGCAGGUGGCAUCUCCCCCCAGCAUAUAGCUCAAGAUUCCUCUUUGGAUGGACCUCCAGGGCCUCCAGAUGGUGCCACAGUGCCCCUGGAGGGGCUCAGCUUACCCCAGGCUGCUGACCUGGCUAACAAGGGCCCAAAGUGGGAGAAGAGCCAUGCUGAGAUUGCAGAGCAGGCCAAGCAUGAGGCUGAGAUUGAGACUCGGAUUGCUGAGCUGCGGAAGGAGGGUUUCUGGUCACUGAAGAGACUGGCUAAAGUGCCUGAGCCUCCCCGCCCCAAGGGCCACUGGGACUAUCUGUGUGAGGAGAUGCAGUGGCUCUCUGCCGACUUUGCUCAGGAGCGCCGUUGGAAACGGGGUGUGGCCCGUAAGGUGGUGCGAAUGGUAAUCCGGCACCACGAGGAGCAGCGGCAGAAAGAGGAACGGGCCCGGAGGGAGGAGCAGGCCAAGCUGCGCCGAAUCGCCUCCACCAUGGCCAAGGAUGUUAGGCAGUUUUGGAGCAAUGUGGAGAAGGUGGUGCAAUUCAAACAACAGUCCCGGCUUGAGGAAAAGCGGAAAAAAGCCCUGGACCUGCACCUGGAUUUCAUCGUGGGGCAAACUGAAAAGUACUCAGACCUUCUGUCUCAGAGCCUCAACCAGCCACUAACCUCCAGCAAAGCUGGUUCUUCCCCUUGCCUUGGCUCUUCCUCAGCUGCCUCUAGUCCUCCACCCCCAGUUUCCCGGAUGGAUGAUGAAGAUGGGGACUUCCAACCCCAAGAGGAGGAGGAAGAGGAUGAUGAGGAGACGAUUGAGGUUGAAGAACAACAGGAAGGCAAUGAUGCAGAGACCCAGAGGCGUGAGAUUGAGCUACUGCGACGUGAGGGAGAACUGCCACUGGAAGAGCUGCUCCGUUCCCUCCCCCCUCAGCUGCUAGGAGGGCCUUCCAGCCCCUCAAGAACCCCCUCAUCUCAUGAUAGUGACACCCGAGAUGGGCCUGAAGAAGGUGGUGAAGAAGAGUCCUCUCAGGUGUUGAAGGUAAAGCCCCCAGCCUCCUCUGUCACACAGCGCAACAAACAGCCUUGGCAUCCAGAUGAGGAUGAUGAAGAGUUUGCUGCCAAUGAAGAUGAAGCGGAGGAUGAAGAGGAUACCAUAGCAGCUGAGGAGCAGUUGGAAGGGGAGGUGGAUCAUGCCAUGGAGCUGAGCGAGUUGGCUCGAGAAGGUGAGCUGUCUGUGGAGGAGCUACUGCAGCAGUAUGCAGGAGCCUAUGCCUCUGAUGCCUCUGCCCCAGGUUCUGGGAGUAGUGAAGAGGAAGAUGAAGAUGAAGCUGAGGCUAACAGCUCUGACUGUGAACCAGAGGGGGCCACAGAAGCUGAAGAGGCUACUCAAGAGGAUAGUAGCAGUCAGUCAGACUCUGCUGAGGAACAGAGUGAGGAUGAGGAAGAUGAGCAUUCAGAAGAGGAAGAAACAAGCAGGAGUUCGGAAUCAGAGGAAUCUGAGUCUGAGGAAUCUGAGGAGUCCCAGUCACAGAGCCAAGCAGAUGAGGAAGAGGAGGAAGAUGAUGACUUUGGGGUGGAGUACUUGCUUGCCAGGGACGAAGAGCAGAGUGAGGCAGAUGGGGGCAGUGGACCUCCCACCCCAGGGCCCACCACCACUCUAGGCCCUAAGAAAGAAAUUACUGACAUCGCUGCAGCAGCUGAAAGUCUCCAGCCCAAGGGUUACACCUUGGCCACUACCCAGGUGAAGACACCCAUCCCCCUGCUCCUACGGGGCCAGCUCCGGGAGUACCAACACAUUGGGCUGGACUGGCUGGUUACUAUGUAUGAGAAGAAGCUUAAUGGCAUUCUUGCUGAUGAGAUGGGGCUAGGCAAGACGAUCCAGACCAUUUCCCUGCUUGCGCACUUGGCCUGUGAGAAAGGUAACUGGGGUCCCCAUUUGAUCAUUGUCCCCACCAGCGUGAUGUUGAACUGGGAGAUGGAGCUGAAACGUUGGUGCCCCAGCUUUAAAAUCCUUACUUACUAUGGAGCCCAGAAAGAGAGGAAGCUCAAGCGGCAGGGCUGGACCAAGCCCAAUGCCUUCCAUGUGUGUAUCACAUCUUACAAGCUGGUGCUGCAGGACCACCAGGCCUUCCGCCGCAAGAACUGGCGCUAUCUCAUUCUGGAUGAGGCUCAGAACAUCAAGAACUUCAAGUCUCAGCGCUGGCAGUCAUUGCUCAACUUCAACAGCCAGAGACGCCUGCUCCUGACAGGAACACCCUUGCAGAACAGCCUCAUGGAACUGUGGUCCUUGAUGCACUUUUUGAUGCCCCAUGUCUUCCAGUCUCAUCGCGAGUUCAAAGAAUGGUUCUCUAAUCCCCUAACUGGCAUGAUUGAGGGCAGCCAAGAGUACAAUGAAGGUCUAGUCAAACGCCUUCACAAGGUUUUGCGGCCUUUUUUGCUGCGCCGAGUUAAGGUGGAUGUUGAGAAGCAGAUGCCCAAAAAAUAUGAGCAUGUUAUCCGCUGCCGGCUCUCCAAGCGCCAGCGCUGUCUCUAUGAUGACUUCAUGGCACAGACCACAACUAAGGAGACACUAGCCACGGGCCAUUUCAUGAGCGUCAUCAACAUUUUGAUGCAGCUGCGAAAAGUCUGCAAUCAUCCAAACCUGUUUGACCCUCGACCCGUUACCUCCCCCUUCAUCACUCCAGGCAUCUGUUUCAGCACCGCCUCUCUGGUGCUAAGGGCCACUGAUGUCCACCCUCUCCAGCGGAUAGACAUGGGUCGAUUUGAUCUCAUUGGCCUGGAGGGUCGUGUCUCUAGAUAUGAGGCUGACACAUUUCUACCCCAGCACCGCCUUUCCCGCCGGGUUCUGCUAGAGGUGGCUACUGCUCCUGACCCCCCACCGCGGCCCAAGCCAGUCAAGAUGAAGGUCAACAGGAUGCUGCAGCCAAUACCCAAGCAAGAAGGCCGGACAGUGGUGGUGGUGAACAGUCCACGGACUCCCCUGGGCCCUGUCCCAGUCCGACCCCCUCCAGGCCCUGAGCUCUCAGCCCAGCCCACCCCUGGCCCAACCCCCCCAGUGCUGCCAGCACCACUGAUGGUGUCGGCCUCGCCUUCUGGGCCCCCACUCAUUCCAGCAUCCCGGCCCCCUGGCCCUGUUCUUUUGCCCCCACUGCAGCCAAAUGGUGGGCCUCUCCCCCAGGUGAUGCCAUCCCCUCUGGGGGUCUUGAGUGGGACCUCACGACCUCCCACGCCAACCCUAUCCUUGAAGCCGGCCCCACCUGCUCCUGUUCGUCUGAGCCCUGCCCCGCCCCCAGGCUCCUCCAGCCUGUUGAAGCCCCUUACAGUGCCACCAGGCUAUACCUUCCCUUCUGCUGCUGUCACCACCACCUCUACCACCACAGCCACGGCUCCCACUACGGCAGUACCAGCUCCUACUCCUGCUCCACAGCGCCUCAUCCUGUCUCCCGAUAUGCAAGCUCGCCUGCCCUCAGGUGAAGUGGUCAGCAUCGGGCAGUUAGCCUCACUGGCACAACGGCCAGUGGCUAGUACAGGGGGAAGCAAACCUCUCACCUUCCAAAUCCAGGGCAACAAGCUGACUUUGACUGGUGCGCAGGUGCGCCAGCUUGCUGUGGGGCAGCCCCGCCCGCUGCAAAUGCCACCAACCAUGGUGAAUAAUACAGGCGUGGUGAAGAUUGUAGUGAGACAGGCCCCUCGGGAUGGACUGACUCCUGUUCCUCCGUUGGCCCCAGCACCCCGGCCUCCGAGCUCUGGGCUUCCAGCUGUGUUGACUCCACGCCCCACAUUAACCCCUGGCCGGCUACCCACACCUGCUCUGGGUACUGCCCGGGCCCCCAUACCCACGUCCACUCUGGUGAGGCCACUUCUCAAGCUGGUCCACAGUCCUACGCCUGAAGUCAGUGCUUCAGCACCCGGAGCUGCUCCCUUGACCAUCUCUUCUCCUCUCCCCGUGCCAUCCUCACUCCCUGGGCCAGCCUCUUCUCCAAUGCCAGUUCCCAACUCCUCUCCCCUUGCUAGUCCUGUGUCUUCUACAGUCCCAGUUCCAGUAUCAUCUUCACUCCCCAUCUCUGUCUGCACAACGCUUCCGUCCCCAGCCUCAGCUCCACUCACCAUCCCCAUCUCAGCCCCCUUGCCUGUUUCGGCUUCGGGCCCAGCUUUGUUGACUAAUGUGACUCCAACACUGGCACCUGUUGUCUCAGCGGCUCCUGGACCUCCCUCUUUGGCACCAGUUGGGGCUUCUCCAUCAGCGUCAGCCUUGACUCUAGGUUUGGCCACAACUCCAUCCCUGUCCCCAUCUCAGGCACCUGGUCACCCUCUGUUGUUGGCUCCAGCCUCUUCACAUGUUCCAGGGUUGAACUCAGCCGUGGCCCCAGCAUGUUCACCUGUCCUGGUGCCAGCUUCCGCUCUGGCCAGUCCUUUUCCAGCAGCAUCAAAUCCAGCUCCAGCUCAGGCUUCCCUUUUGGCUCCAGCACCUACUGCAUCUCAGGCUCUAGCCACCUCUCUUUCUCCCAUGGUGGCUCCACAGACAGCAAUCCUGGCUCCUUCUCCAGCUCCUUCUCUGGCUCCUCUUCCAGUCCUGGCUCCAUCACUAGGUCCUACUCCUGUCCUGGCUCCAUCGCAGACUUCGGUUCCACUUCUGGCUUCAUCAUCUACUCCAGGAACUCCUUUAGCCUCAGCUUCCUCACUGGUGCCAGCCUCAGCUCCUGUGUUGGCUCCAUCGUCAGCUCAAACUCUGGUACCAGCCCCGGUUCCGUCACCUCUCCCGAGUCCAGCUUCUACGCAGACACUGGCUUUACCCCCAGCUUUAGCAUCCACUCUUGGCGGAUCGUCUCCAUCUCAGACACUCUCUUUGGGAACUGGGAACCCCCAAGGUUCUUUUCCAGCUCAGACAUUGUCAUUGACUCCAGCAGCAUCCCUAGUACCAGCUCCAGCCCAGACACUGUCUUUGGCACCGGGACCACCACUGUGUCCAUCUCAGACGCUGUCUUUGGCUCCAGCACCCCCUCUGGCUCCAGUUUCUCCGAUGGGCCCAGCCCCAGCUCACACACUGACUUUGGCUACGGUGUCGUCAUCUGCUUCACUCCUGGCCCCAGCUUCAGUGCAAACACUGACCUUGAGCCCUGCCCCAGUGCCGGUGCCCACCUUGGGCCCAGCGGCAGCUCAGACUCUGGCACUGGCCCCAGCCUCAACACAGGCCCCAGCUUCCCAGGCAUCUUCCCUCGUCGUUUCGGCAACCGGUGCCGCUCCCUUGCCUGUCACCAUGGUAUCCCGGCUGCCUGUUUCCAAGGAUGAGUCUGAGACACUGACAUUACGCUCUGGUCCCCCCAGCCCUCCCUCCACUGCUACCUCGUUCAGUGGUCCCCGACCUCGACGCCAGCCCCCACCACCACCUCGUUCCCCUUUCUAUCUGGACUCUCUGGAGGAAAAGCGGAAGCAGCAGCGGUCUGAACGCCUGGAACGGAUUUUCCAACUUAGUGAGGCUCAUGGGGCCCUGGCACCCGUGUAUGGGACUGAAGUCUUGGAUUUCUGUACCCUGCCCCAACCUGUUGCCAGCCCCAUCGGCCCUCGUUCUCCUGGCCCCAGCCACCCCACCUUUUGGACUUAUACCGAGGCUGCCCGCCAGGCUGUACUGUUUCCCCAGCAACGACUAGACCAGCUGUCAGAAAUCAUUGAGAGGUUCAUCUUUGUCAUGCCUCCUGUGGAGGCACCUCCCCCUUCCUUGCACGCCUGCCACCCACCUCCUUGGCUGGCCCCACGUCAGGCAGCCUUCCAGGAGCAAUUGGCUCGUGAGCUCUGGCCCCGGGCUCGUCCUUUGCACCGUAUUGUGUGUAACAUGCGUACCCAGUUUCCUGACCUGAGGCUUAUCCAGUAUGAUUGUGGAAAGUUGCAAACGUUGGCGGUGCUGUUGCGACAGCUCAAGGCGGAGGGCCACCGGGUGCUCAUAUUCACCCAGAUGACCCGAAUGCUGGAUGUGUUGGAGCAGUUUCUCACCUACCAUGGCCACCUCUACUUGCGUCUGGAUGGGUCUACUAGAGUUGAACAGAGACAGGCCUUGAUGGAACGAUUCAAUGCAGACAAACGCAUAUUCUGCUUCAUCCUUUCAACUCGGAGUGGGGGUGUGGGCGUGAACCUGACGGGGGCAGACACUGUUGUUUUUUAUGACAGCGACUGGAAUCCUACCAUGGAUGCUCAGGCCCAGGAUCGCUGUCACCGAAUUGGCCAGACCCGAGAUGUCCACAUAUAUAGGCUUAUCAGUGAACGGACAGUGGAAGAGAACAUCCUAAAAAAGGCAAACCAGAAGAGAAUGUUGGGAGACAUGGCAAUUGAGGGAGGCAACUUCACCACAGCCUAUUUUAAACAGCAGACCAUCCGAGAGCUGUUUGAUAUGCCUCUGGAGGAACCAUCUGGCUCAUCUAUACCCUCUGCCCCUGAAGAUGAGGAAGAGACUGUGGCCAGCAAGCAGACCCAUAUCCUGGAGCAGGCAUUGUGUCGGGCAGAGGAUGAAGAGGAUAUCCGUGCGGCCACCCAAGCCAAGGCUGAACAGGUGGCUGAGCUUGCAGAAUUCAAUGAGAAUGAUGGGUUUCCUGCUGCUGAUGGAGAGGAGGCUGGUCGGCCUGGGGCUGAAGAUGAGGAGAUGUCCCGGGCUGAGCAGGAAAUUGCUGCCCUUGUAGAACAGCUGACUCCCAUUGAGCGCUAUGCCAUGAAAUUCCUGGAAGCCUCAUUGGAGGAGGUGAGCCGAGAGGAGCUCAAGCAGGCAGAAGAGCAAGUGGAAGCUGCCCGCAAGGACCUGGACCAAGCGAAGGAGGAGGUGUUCCGCCUACCCCAGGAGGAGGAGGAGGGGCCAGGGGCUGGGGAUGAGGUUUCCUGUGGGACUGGUGGAGGCAGCCACCGGCGCAGUAAGAAGGCCAAGGCCCCCGAAAGGCCAGGGACUCGCGUCAGUGAGCGUCUUCGUGGAGCCCGGGCUGAAACUCAAGGGGCAAACCACACUCCUGUCACAUCCACGCAUCAUCCCCGCAGCACCUCCACACCCCCCCGCUGCAGCCCUGCCAGGGACCGAAUUCCCCGGCCAGCGCCUAGGCCUCGACCCACUCCAGCUUCAGCUCCUGCUGCAAUUCCUACCCCAGUCCCUGCCCCAAUCUCUGCCCCAAUCCCCAUUUCAGCCCCAAAUCCAAUAACCAUGCUUCCUGUCCAUAUCUUGCCUUCUCCUCCUCUUCCUUCUGCACAGAUUCCUCCCUCUUGUUCUUCUGCCUGUACCCCUCCUCCUGCCUGUACCCCUCCACCAGCUCAUACCCCACCUCCGGCCCAAACUUCUCUCUUAACUCCUUCCUCCCCUCUCUUGCUUGGUCUACCUUCUGUGCCCAUUUCCCCACCAGUCACCAACCUCCCCUUGGGCAUGGGGCCUGAGGCAGAGCUGUGUGCACAAGCAAUGGCAUCUACUGAGUCCCUGGAGCUGGCUGAUAUGGCCAGUUCCGAGACUUCCCCAAUUACUCUUGUGCCCCCUAAGGAUCUGUUGCCAGUUGCUGUUGAGAUCCUGCCUAUGUCAGAGAAGAACCUUUCUCUCACCUCUUCUGCACCUAGCCCAAACCUGGCAGCUGGCAGCGUCCCCAACGGUCAAGAGCAGGAGGUGCCCGAGCCUGCCGAGGCGACCAUCCUCUCAGUGCUGCCUGAUGGUGAGGAAGUGGCCACGUGUCUGAGUGAGAGCAAUAGGCUGGAGCUCCCACCCUCAGCAGCAUCUGAAGAGCUACUUCAGGAGCCACUGGAGGCUGACAAGAACUCAGAAGAGCUGGUGGAGGCCCAGACCCCAACGUCUACCCCAGAGAAACCCCAGGAACUUGUUUCAGCUGAGGUCGCAGCCCCAUCAACCUCAUCCUCGGCCACCUCCACACCUGAGGGUCCUUCGCCUGCCCGGCCCCCUCGGCGUCGCACCAGUGCCGAUGUAGAAAUUAGGGGUCAGGGGGCUGGUCGGCCAGGGCAGCCUCCAGGUCCCAAAGUGCUUCGCAAGCUGCCAGGACGGCUAGUGACUGUGGUAGAGGAAAAGGAACUGGUGAGGCGACGGCGACAGCAGCGGGGAACUGCCAGCACCCUAGUGCCUGGGGUCUCUGAGACUGGUGCCAGCCCGGGAAGCCCAUCUACCCGCAGCAUGUCGGGGCCAGAAUCCUCACCUCCCACCAGUGGUCCCUGUGAAGCUGCUCCCCCAUCCACACUGCCCACCCCAACCCAGCAGCCCUUCAUAGCUCGCCGUCGCAUUGAGCUGGGGCUAACUGGUGGGGGCAGCCCAGAAAAUGGAGAAGGGGCACUACUUGCCAUCACCCCUCCUGCUGUGAAACGUCGCAGGGGGAGGCCCCCCAAGAAGAACAGGUCUCCAGCAGAUGCUGGGCGAGGGGUGGAUGAGGCACCUUCAUCCACCUCUAAGGGAAAAACCAGUGGGGCUGACUCAGUCCCUGGGGCUGAGACCCUUGUUGUUGCGGAGCCUGUCCUGGCACCCCAGCUUAUUCCUGGGCCCCAGCCUCUUGGACCCCAGCCAGUUCAUAGACCCGAGCCUGUCAUCCUAUCACCUGUGGAGAAAAGAAGGCGUGGGCGGCCCCCUAAGGCCCGAGAUUUGCCCAUUCCUGGGACCAUUUCCUCUCCAGGGGAUGGCAGCUUAGAGAGCCGGACACAGCCACUCCCGAUACCGCCACCCCUGCCACCACUCCCACCACUCCUAGCCUGUCCCACUGCUACUGUCGCCAACACUGUCACCACUCUCACCAUUUCAACAUCCCCACCCAAGCGGAAGCGGGGCCGACCUCCCAAGAAUCCACCAUCACCUCGGCCCAGCCAGCUCCCUGUCUUGGACCGCGACAGCUCUCCUGUCCUUGAGAGCUGUGGAUUGGGGAAGCAGCGGCAACCCCAGGGCCAGGGGGAGAGUGAGGGUAGUUCAUCUGAUGAGGAUGGAAGCCGCCCCCUCACCCGCCUGGCCCGCUUACGUCUUGAAGCAGAAGGAAUGAGGGGACGAAAGAGUGAAGGGUCCAUGGUAGUGGCUGUAAUUCAGGAUGAUCUGGAUUUAGCGGAUAGUGGGCCAGGGGGGUUAGAAUUGACACCUCCCGUGGUCUCAUUGGCUCCAAAACUGCGCUCGACCCGGCUGCGUCCAGGGUCUCUAGUUCCCCCACUAGAGACUGAGAAGGUGCCUCGCAAACGGGCAGGGGCCCCAGUUGGCUGUGGUCCUGGGCUGGCAAAGCGGAGCCGCCUUCAGCCCCCAAGUCCCCUGGGGCCUGAGGGUUCAGUAGAGGAGUCUGAGGCUGAAGCCUCAGGUGAGGAGGAGGAAGGGGAUGGGACCCCACGGCGCCGGCCUGGCCCCCGCCGGCUUGGUGGGACCACCAACCAAGGGGACCAGCGUAUCUUGCGCAGCAGCGCCCCUUCCCACUUGGCUGGCCCUACCAUUAGUCACAGAGGCCGUAAAGCCAAGACGUGAGUGGGCUGCCCCCCUUCACCUAGGCUUUCUGCCAUGGCCCCUCUCUCUCCAUGACCAGGCCUGACUCUGUUAACCACUACUUGAAGUCUUUUGAGGGGGGAAUCCUCCAGGGAGACAUAGGGGCCUUCUCCCUUCUUUCCACCAAAGUAGGGGAUAGGCAACUGGUUGUCAUGGAAACGGGGCUCUUCACAUAUCCCCUUCCCUUCCACCCCACAUGGCUGGGCAGUGUUAAGGGUGGCAAGAUAGUCUUUGUCCCCACCCCCUUGUACUUGAUUUCCCCAGCUAUCUUUCUCAGCCCCCCACCCUUAGGGGAAGGGGGAGGGGCUUCUCUACAAUGAGUUUUUUUCUUUUUUUCUUUUUUUUUUUUUUUUUUUUUUUUUUUAAGAAGAAAAAAAUAAUAAACUUAGUUUCUGUAUGAGCAUCCGCGUAAGGAGGCUUCUGAUUUUCUGGUCUGGUGGAGGGUUGGGUGGGAACUUGGGUAUCAUUUUUCUCUUCUCUCUUGCUCUUGCUAAGACCCUAGUACCUGAUCUCUAACUCAGAAUUAUGUAUCUUUGAGGCAGAAAUCUCCAUGCAAGAAGAGGGAAGAAUGGCAAAUCUUAUCUGGUAGGGUACCUUUCCCUAAAGUUUCAAUUUUAAGUCAUUCAGACUCAUACUUUUCCUCUCCUCCCUUCUAUUCCCUUGGUUGCUGGACUUUCCUUGGGAGCUAUCUGAUGCCUCAGACUUUUCCCUGCUUUAAUCCCUCUUGCUCAGGUGCUUUCACUCCCUUUCCAGAAGGCAGGCAUUCUACCUCCAGUUACUCCAUCUAGCCAGACUGGUUUGAAUCAGCCACACCCCCUUCCGAGCUUCUGGGGCU